UGUCCACUGGGUGUGUGACUGGUGGGGCGUGGGUGUCUAGCGCGGGAGUGGGUGGCCGCGCCUCCCCUGCGCAGCUCUCUGGCCGACGGUGACCUGGUGGAUGCCGCAGCGUCCUCGGUCAGUCGCCGAUCGCAUCUCGCCGACUGCGAGUCUCUCCCCGCGGCUGGCCGCCCCUCUUCACAGCACCAUCAGGAUGUCGGGUCGAGCCCAGCUGUGCGACGUCUGCCUGCUGCUGGCGGUCGCCGCCGUUCUGGUGCAGUGUUCCAGCGCCUUCAGUGGCCUCACCGGUAUCCGACGGAGCCCUGACUACUUCAACGACUACUACAGACGCAUCGUCAAAAAACGGUUCGAUGAGGACCGGCCCUAUUAUAGAUGGACUCCGCAGAUGUUCCAGAGAUACGCGGGCACCUUCAAACGGUCGAUCCCCGACUCGGAGUCGCUGGAGCUGUGCGUGCCUCCGACCGAGUCCUGCGAGCCCGGUCUGCGGAGCACCGCCUGCUGUGGCGAGCUGCAGUGUCUGCCCGACACCGAGGGAUUCAGCUGCCAGUCGCCCACCGCUCAGUCGGAGGCAGAUAUCCGUGUUUCGGGCGACUCGGAGUCUGAGGAGUCAGAGUCGGACGACUCGCCAGCCGGCGCCGAUCUGAGUCGACCCGCCUGGCUCGGCCGGGCGCCGAUACCGUUUCCGGUACGCGAUUGGUAGUAAGGUCAAAGGUGGCAAUGAAUACCUACCAAUCCCGACAAAAGGAGAGCACUGAACAGUGAGCAGCAGUCAGCACUUCAGCCCGUCGUCGGACAAGGUACCUCCCGACUCAUUUGGAUUCUCAGACGCGAUGGAGCCGCUCUGUAAGAUUGUCUGAGAACGCAGAGAGAAUAGGAUGGAGAUUUGGUGUACAUUAAGCACUUGUCAUGAAGGUGACAGCGAGAGGUGUAUGUAAUGUAAUAAGUAAUACGUGAGUUAUGUUUGCCGAUGUAUUGUUUGGAGCUCGAAUGUUCAUCAUCAGCUUCGCUAGUCUCAAUAUAAUCGAAAGAUCUGUUUGGGAGUGGAAGCUCGCCACUAUAUUUAAAAACCGUUGCUACCGGUGUGAAUAUGCUAUUGUUGUACAAUAACAACGUGAGAUCACGUGAGAAUGCGUUGGAUUGGACGUUGUCACAUGAUCACUUAAUCGAGACUGUAUACACACGUGUCAGUUCUGAGAUGACCAAACUGAGCCAUUUCACACUCAGUUUUUUUUUAUUUAGACUCUAAGCAAACAAGACAUUAAUUACAUAUUAUGCAUCGCACUUGGUUUACAAAAAGAUGCGCACUAGACAUGGACUUUGUUUAGCUCCAAUGCUGUCUAUGUAUAGGAGUGCUAUGAAUGUGCAAUACGAUACUGUGUAUUUCUUACACCAUGACCACUGUGUGUCUGUCACACUGUGGUUGUGUGUUUACGAUUAUAUGUACUGAGC